AUGGUGAUCACGGUCGGCAGCGUCCCACCUUCACAUCUUUCAUCCUUCCCAAGGCUGACUAGACGGUGGAUCGUGGGGAACGUGACUGGGGCUUCGGUCUCAGGUCUCCUUUGUCGCAGAGCUUCUCGACUCUGCGACCCAAUCCACCUAGCGCGAAGCCUGGUCCACCAACCGUCCAGACGGCUAUUCCACACGGCUGUGUGGCCAUCCUACGGUGUCACCACACCCAGUCCUGAUCGGCAGCGCGCUGGACCUGCGCCAUCGCCUUUUCGAUUCGAGACCGGAUAUGCUUUCUGCGCCAAACGGCCGCCACGUCCAUUUCCCCCGCCCUUCUUGUCGCCCCCUUCAUCGUCCUUUUCCGAUCCCUUGACCACGCAUUCAUUGAGCCAGGAUAAGAGAUUAUCCGUACGGGGUGAACCCAUUCGUGGCUUGACAAAUGGAGACGACGCAAUACUUGCUGCGGAAACUUUUUUGGGGGUAGACGAUGGGGUUGGUGCGUGGGCGACAAAGCCUCAUGGACAUGCAGCACUAUGGUCUCGUCUUCUCCUUCACUUCUGGUCUCUCGAGGUCGAGCGUUUCGUGUCUGAGAAUGACACCGCACUGGAUCCUAUUCAAUACCUGCAGACUGCUUACGAACAAACAAUUCUUGCCACUGAAAAACCAACCAAAUGGCUUGGCACCACAACCUCGGCUACAGCAAUCUUACACUUCACUGGAGAUGAGGGGAGCAGCCUGCAACCGCUCCUCUACGUGACCAACCUGGGCGAUUGCAAGGUCUUGGUCAUUCGGCCAAGUGAAGACAAAGUUAUCUUUCGGACAGCGGAACAGUGGCAUUGGUUCGAUUGCCCAAUGCAGUUGGGUACGAAUAGUGUUGAUACUCCGCGCAAGGAUGCUGUCCUGUCAGAGGUUCCGCUUCAAGAGAAUGAUAUCGUGCUUGUAGUGUCCGAUGGGGUCAUGGACAAUCUUUGGGAGCACGAGGUACUAAAAAUCGUCAUGGACAGCACCAAGAAGUGGGACGAAAGUCGUUGCAAGAAUCAGAAUGUGUCUCCUACGUCUGACCUUGCGGAUCCACGGAUGGUGUAUACCGCCAGGGAACUUCUCAAUGCCGCCCUGAAUAUCGCUCGAGAUCCAUUCGCAGAGAGUCCGUUCAUGGAAAAGGCGGUGGACGAGGGUCUUGCCAUCGAAGGAGGCAAGAUGGACGACAUCUCCGUAGUGAUCGCCUCCUGCCACAGACGGGCCGGGUGA